AUGCAUGCGUCAUUGUUAUCGCAUAAAAUAACAUCUGAAUCUAUAAAAUUAGUUUUAUCAUAUUCAUGGUUGAGUAUAAAAUAUCUUUUUCAUUUACUUCAACCAUCAACAAUUCAUAAUACUUAUAAUCAAUUUCGACAAAUGACAUUUAAAGAUAUGAUUCAAAAUUUAUAUUUAUUAUUAAUCAAAUGUAUUCAUUUAUUAUUUAUUAUAAUAAUUUAUGGAUUUAGAACAUUAACAUAUUGUAUUUGGAAUUUAAUGGCUGAAGAUGAUCAACAAGAUAUACAACGAUCAGAACGAACUUCUUCACCACUACUACCACAUCGACGUGAUUAUCGUCUACCUUCGAUCAGUAUUCCACAACAUGGUUUUAAUGCUGGUGAAGAUUUAAUAGCAGUUAAUGCAUUUGGAGUUGAUCUUAAUUUAGAUUCAGAAUCAAAACAUAGUACUCGCAUAAUGGAAUCUCGACGUAAAUCUUCAUGUAUGAGUAGUAUUGGUUCAUCAGCAGGACAAUCUCUACUAUCAUUAAUUACAAAUACAACUAUGCAGUUAUCAUCAACAACAACUUAUAAUCGAAAUCAACCUUCAACAACAUCUUCUGGAGGUAAUAAACCACAAUCAAUUACGGCAACAAAUAUGCUACAAAAUAUAAUCGAAAAUUCUAAAAAUGCACUUGAAAUAAAUACUCAAACCGAAUAUCAACAAAAACGAUCAUCACCAAAUAUCAAUAGUAUAGCAGGCAAAAAUGAUGAUGUUAUGCCUUUGAAAUCACCAAUACAAACAGAUUUUGAAAAGAAAGCUCUGGUAAAUAAAGUCUCAACGAAUGAUCUUUGUCAAACUACACAAUAAAAAACAUAGGAUUUCGUUUAAGAAAAUGUAAAGAGAGAUUGUCUUUUUUAAAUUUCUCUCAAAAAGUAACGAGUGUAUAUAACUGACAUGGUAUUGUCCCGAAAUUCGGAAAAAAAAAUCCGGAAGAAAAAAUUCGGAGGAAAAAAUCCGGGAAAAAAUCCGGAAAAAAACUGGAAAAAAAUCCGGAAAAGAUAAAAUCGGGAAAAAUUCUGUAGAAAGAUUCAACAGUUUAUUUAACAAAGAAACAUGUACAAUAAAGAAGAGAAAUCAUUUGAUAUGACGAGAGGGAUGUACUUCACUUUUUACUAGCCACCAAUAAAGAGAGCCUCUCGAGAUGUUCGGCGCAGUCGAUCUCAUCGUCCUCGAAACGUUUCACAAGAGUGUUGAUUUUAGCUUGUAAAGCCAAAGUCUUCUUCGUCUUCAUUUUUUGCGCACCCGUUAACACCUUGAGCACUUGCUGCCGAAAAUGUACUUCUUCGUUUUGCAGACAAGUGACGAAGGCCCACAUGUUCGGACGACACCUGUUCAUUCGUUUGUUGAUAAGAGGAACGACAGUGUAUUUAUACGUGUGCGAUAAUCUAACAAUCGGUGGCGUGUUCAGCGCCACGGCGCAUCCAUCUAGGUGUAAUUAUAGAAGUGCAGAGCAGAAUGAAGAAGGAUGGUACCCGGCGGACGAUGAUCAUGAUGGACGAAGACAAUAGGAAGGGUUUAUGAAAGACUACUAUGCUUUCUCCUUCGUUAUAAGGAUAUUGGAGUUUUUUCCGGAUUUUUCUUUUCCGGGUUUUUUAUUUUCCGGAUUUUUGGUUUUCCGGA